AUGACAGAAUCUCCACUCAAUAUUCCUGUUUAUGAAGGUUCUAUGGUAUCACUUCGUAGUUCAGUUCCAUCCAUUGCUCGAUUACGUCAAGUGACAGAUUUAGCAAAGCGAAAAAUUGAACCAGAACCAAAAUGGAAAAAUGGUCAACUUGAAUCAAAAUAUCAAUGUCUAGCAUGUAAUAGUUAUUUAAAAUUUCCUAUUCAAUUUGAAGAUUGUGGUCAUCAUGUAUGUUCAAAUUGUUUACCGGAUAUUAUGCGUAUUGCUCCACGUUGUCCAAGUUGUCAACAACCAAUAUCACGUGAUAAGAUUGUUAAUGAUAAAAUAUUACAAAAAGAAAUUCAAAAUCUCAAUGUUUAUUGUUCAAAUCAAGAUAAAGGUUGUGAUUGGAAAGGAAUAUUAAAAGACUUCCCAGUUCAUAUAGAAAAAUGUGGAUUUCUAUCAUUCGAAUGUGUAAAUGGAUGUGGAGGAAGAUUUGAAAAACGUUUUCUAACUAAACAUCAAACUGAAGAUUGUCCAAAAAGAAAAGUUAUUUGUGAAUUUUGUAAAACAAAUAUUAUAUUCGAAGAUGAAAUUCCUCAUUUAAAUAUUUGUACUGAAUUUAAAAUUCCUUGUCCAAAUAAAUGUUCAAAUCAAGAAUUUAAACGUGGUCAAAUACAAAAUCAUUUAGAAAAUGAAUGUCCAAAACAAGCAUUAUCUUGUCCAUUUACUGAAUGUGGAUGUGAAUAUCGUGGUCAACGAUUAGAUAUUACUAAACAUAUAAAAGAAUCACCAGGUCUUCAUUUAAAUAUAGCUGGAAAAACAAUUUCAAUACAAAAAAAAUUAUUACAAACAUUUGAAGAAUGUAUGAAUGAACAAAAAAAAUGGAUUGAAUUAUUAGCAAAAAAAGUUAAUGCUUUAGAAAAAACUUAUGGAGCUCAAUAUAUAUGGAAAAUUGAUCAUUAUCAGGAACGAUUACAAGAUGCACGUUCAAAUAAGAAAACAACUUUAUUCAGUCCACCAUUUUUAACUAGUCGACAUGGUUAUCGACUAGCACUUGCAAUCUGUUUAGAUGGUGAUGGAAAAGCAAAAGGAAAAUAUAUUUCAUUAUUUAUAUGUAUUUGUCGUGGUGAUUAUGAUGCAUUAUUAUCUUGGCCAUUUUCACAUCAUGUUACAUUUACAUUACUUGAUCAAUGUGAAGAUAUUGAUAAUCGUCGUCCUAUAAUAUAUAGUGUUAAACCAAAUGCAUGUAAAGAAAAUAAACCAUUUUUAGGUCGUCCUGUAACAGAAAGAAAUGCAAGUUUUGGUGCACAAAAAUUUACAGAUGUAGAAACAAUGACAUCAUUUGAAUAUAUUAAAGAUGAUACAAUAUUUAUUAAAGUUGAAAUUGAUAAUGAAGAAAUGAUUAUUAUAUAA